AUGGCACAGCAGCAGCAGCAGAUAAUGCCACAGCAGCUGCUUAUGCAAAUGCAGCAGCAGCCGCAGCAGCAGCAUAUUAUGCCACAGCAAGUGUUGAUAACGCAUCAACAAUUGCCUCAACGCACGCCUUCUCCGCAACAGCAGCAGCAAAUGCCGGAGCAUUGCUCCCCACAAAGUCCGGCAUCAAGUCAGAUAGCGCCCACCACUCCGGGAACUCCCACCAGCAGUGUGGGAAAGCAAUUGCCGCUACCCACAACGCCUCAGCAGCAGCCGCAGCAACCGCAACAGUUUAUGCCGCGCGGCCUGCCACCGCAGACCUCGUUGCCCGGUAAGCAGCAGCAACCACAAGCUCCACAGCUGCAGAUCGUGUUGCCACCACCAUUCCAACAGCAACAACCUCAGCAGGUGCCACAGCAGCAGCAGCAGCCACCGCAGACGCACGCGCACUUUAUGUCCUUGGAUGCGCACAAGACAGCCGAGUGCAUUGCCAAGGUGAAUCAGCAGAAUAAGCCGCGGGUACGCCAGCAGGUUCCUUACCAACCGCCAACUGGAGCACCGGGCAGCAUAGUUGCAACACAGCCGGCAUGGAGUUCUGUUGUACCGCCGGGCCACAUUAUUGUCAAGAUGCAGAAGCCACCGGGAUUUACGCAGCAGCAGCAGAUGCUCUGGCUGCAGCAACAGGGCAAGCUACAGGUGGUCGUCGGAGCCGGCGGCACUCCUGGUCUCACCCCGAUACAUCAGCAGCAGCAACCGGAAGUGGGAGUGGGUCAUGCGACACAGCAACAGCAACAGGUGCCGCAGCAGCCGCUAGGCAAGGAAGCAGUGCAGCUCAUCACUGGACCCAAAGGACAGCACAUAGAGCAGCAGACGAUUGUCCAACAGCCUUCAACGCCGGGAACACCCACCCCUCCGGGGGCAAUGCCGGGUUCUGUAACAGGCGGUGCCAACACUUCGGUCACGACUUCAACAACUCCCGAUGGACAGCCCCAAGUAACCAAGGAACAAGUGGUAACCGAAGCUACACCGCAGCAGCAACAACAACAGCAGCAGCAGCAACACCAUUCGCCAAUGAGGCCGGCCAUGCCUCCGGCCACCACACUGGAUUCGGUUACCGCACAAGCCACGACACCGGCCAUGCUUGCGGAACUCCAUUGGGUUAUACUGGCAUGA